AUGGCUCCAACUCCAGAAUCGAUUGCGGCCGCAAAGCCGUCACUCACAUCAAACGACUCUGCUGUGCUUCAGGCUCUGUUCGACGCUGAAUCAUCUCCUUCUAACGGCAUCAAAACGGACUCGACUCUCCCUCAACUCCCCAAUAUCGCAGAUGCUGACGUCCAGUCGCUAAAAAAACGGGAGUUGGACGCUCUCCGACCCCUGCAGACCACCAACGAGAACCUAACACCGGAGAUAAUUCAAACGGCCAUAGCGCAGCUUUCGGGGAUUAUCGAAGAACACCCUAACUAUGCGCCAGCUUACCUAAAUCUGGCACAAGCUAUACGCCUGUCGAUCGACACUGGCUCCCAGAAUCAGCCGGACGGGCCUCAAACCACACCGGCACCUUCGAACCAACUGUUUGAUAAUUUGGCCAAAACAAUUGCUCUAUUGACCCCUUCGUCGUCCUCGGAUGCCAUCUCGCCUUUCCACUCUCGCAUCCUGGCCAAUGCCCACACCCACCGUGCAUACAUACUCUACAAGGCAGCUCGGUCGAAGGAUGAGAAGGAGAAGGAACACCAUCGACGAAACUUGCUACCACUACAGCUUCAGGAUGUCUCAGAUGAACGCCUGGAGGAACUUGCGAGCUAUGAUUUCCAGAUCGGUGGCCGGUGUGGCAAUGAGGCAGCCAAGCAGAUGGCUGUCGGCACCAACCCAUACGCAAAGAUGUGCGGUGCUAUUGUGAAAGAUGCCAUUCAAGCCGAGAUUGCCAAAUGGAAUGAAAGCCGGACAUGA